UGAAUAAUAGACAGCACCUGGUUUGUGCUGAAGUUGCAGAGUGUGUGAAGCUGAAUCUGGUUGUGUGUGGGAGCGAUGGGAGAUUAAAAUCCUCCGUAUCAGAGCAGAUCCUGCAGCAGACAGAGAAGGAGCUUCAUGAUCAUCAGAUCAGUCUGGUGGAGCUCCCAGCUCUCAGUCAGCUCUCCGAGGAGGAAGUGAUGCGCCAGGCUCUCCACUGCGUGUCUCUCUGUGAUCCUGGAGUUCAUGUUUUCCUCCUCAUUAUUCCUGAUGCUCCACUCAGCAUUGAAGACAAAGCAGAAAUGGAGGAGAUGCGGAAGAUCUUCAGCUCAAACCUCAGCGAACACAUCAUGGUCCUCAGAAUCAAAGAGAAGUUGACAAGUCAAAUGAAUACAGCUCCUUCUUCAUCUGCUGAGAUGAUUGCAAGUCGAUGUUUUGUUUUGGAGAGCAGCUCACAGAUUCCAGAUCUACUUCAGGAUGUGGAGAACAUGGUGAAAAUGACAGAUGGAAGAUGCUACACGACCUUCAUGUGCCUUCAGGAUCGACUAGAACUGGAGAGAAACAAACACAGAGUCGAAAUAGAGGACCUGCGAGGAUCUGUGAUGAAAACAACAGGUAAAAGUGUAACACACAACGAUGAUCUGAGGAUUGUGCUGCUGGGAAAGACGGGUGUAGGGAAAAGUGCAUCAGGAAAUACUAUACUGAGAAGAGUAGCCUUUAAAUCAACAAUGAAAUCAAGCUCAGUGACCAGAGAUUGUCAGAAGGAAAUUACAGAGUUCACCAAAAGACAGAUAACAGUGAUCGAUACCCCAGGCCUGUUUGAUACUGGGGUUGAUAACGUUGAGACCAGGAAGGAGAUUGUGAAGUGUGUCUCUAUGGCAGCUCCUGGUCCACAUGUGUUUCUGCUGGUGAUUCAACUGGGACGAAUUACUAAAGAGGAGAAAGAUGCAGUGCAGAUGAUCCAGGAGAUGUUUGGAGAGAAAUCCAAAAUGUACACCAUUGUGCUCUUCACCAGAGGAGAUGAUCUUAAAGGAAAAACAAUUCAAGAAUUUAUUGAAGAUGAUGAUUUUUCAAAGAAUCUCGUCCAGCAGUUUGGCAAGAGACACCACGUGUUCAAUAAUAACGAGACUGAAAACCGAAAACAGGUUUCUGAUCUGCUGGAUAAGAUUGACUGUAUGGUGGCAGUGAAUGGAGGGAGUUUCUACACCAAUGAGAUGUUCGAGAAGGUGGAGAAGAACAUCAUAGAGGAACAAGACAGAAUCAUGAAAGAGAAAGAAGAAGAGAUCAAGAGAAUAGAAGAAGAGCUGAGAGCCAAAUAUGAAUCGGAAAUUGAACAAAUUAAGAAAGAAAACGAGCGAGAAAGACAGGAGAUGCAGAAUGAACUGAUAAAAAGAGAAGAGGAGUUUAAAAAGAGAGAAGAGGAGAUCAAGAAAGACACAGAUGAUAAUGUGAGAAAAGAGAUGCAGAGAAAACUGGAGGAGCAAAAGAAACUAAUUGAGGAGCAGAAUAAAAGAAAAAAAAUCUUAGAAGAGGAACAACAGAACUUCAUAAACUACCUGAUAGAAAAGCAUGAGAAAGAAAAGCUAAAGCUCCAGAAGAGAAUUAAAAGAAAAACAAGAAAACAAGCAGAACAUGAAUAUCGUGAAAAUCUUGAGAAAGAAUUGGCUAAAGCUUUAGAUGUAGCUGAAAAAGAAGUACCACAUACUACAAAACGAGCCCGUUACUGUAAUCAGUUUGAUCCUGAUGAUGAAGGAUCUGGUAACGUUCAGCACUUUGUGAAUUGGAUUAUGAGAUGAUGUUCUGAAUGGCGCAUUUAAAAUUCAGUCUAUGUGUACUUUGAUGAUUUUUUUUUUUCAUCUCUGUAAAGAAAUACUUCAUUAACUUUUGUUUUGUUUUUGCUCAUCAUGUCUUUGCAGAUAUCUAUGGAAUCUAUGGUUUCUGCCAUUUAUGAGUUUUUAUCUCACAAUUCUGACUUUUUCUUGAAUUUCUGACUUUUUGUGAUGUAAACUUGCAAGUGUAAAUGUUUGCAAGUAAAAAAUAUAAAAAGACUGAAAAGAAUGAAAGUUAAAAAGUCACAAUUUACCUAUUUAUUUUUUAUUCAGUAGUUUAAUAUUCAGGAGUUAAUAUUGUGAAUGGUUUUGUGUCAUUUCAUACAUUUUUUAAAACUCUAUCUAUCUAUCUUAAAGCAAGUUUACUUUUAACUGUGAAUAAACACAUUGAUCAAUCAA